AUGCGUAUUAUCGGCAUUUCCGUCGAAUUUCCAUUUAACUCCGAGAUGAAACAGGUUCACUUGGCAUUAUUAUUGUGUCUUCUAUUGGCAAUCAGUGCCACUGGACAAUAUCAUUCAGCUAACGUGUUAGGUCAUCGUCUUGCUGAACAACAACUUGAUGUAGGACAAACAGACUUGAGCGGUUAUGCUGUUUUUUCCGAUCCUAAUUCUUUUGCAAAUUACGGUCAACAAUCAAACAGUCGUUUGCCAAGUUCAAGUCGUACAAACAAUGUUCCACGUGUUAAUAAAGAAGUAUCCCCAUCGGGUCCAAAUUUUCAAGGUACACAACGUGAUCAAACUUUUGACAAUAAUAACAAUGUUGGUCAACUGACUAUUGAUAAUAACAACAAACACGUCAGACCUUAUGCUGAACCAACUGGCCCACCAUUUGGCAUUCAAUCAACAGGUUAUGUUUUAAGUUAUCCAGAAGAAAAGCUUGAUCUUUCAAAAUGCGGACCAAAACCAACAACCAACCCAUGCAAAAUAUCAGGCCCACAAUAUCAUGCGUUAUCUGGUUAUCCACAUUGUUAUAUUCAUUGUUCGUUUGGACGAGUAUUUAUUAAACCAUGCCCAAUUGAUCUUGUAUGGAAUACCCGAAUUAAUAGUUGUGAUUGGCCAACAAUUGGUUCUACAGUUGAUAAUGAUGAUAACUCCGCAAUAUAUUAUGACUCUCGUAAUACCAAUUAUGAACAUCUAUACGGACGAAAGAAACGUUCAACAACUGAACGCAAGAAACGUUGCUUAGGUGGAUAUGAAGGAAGCUAUCAAUGCUCACUACCUCGAUACGCAUCCCAGCAACUUCGAAUACCGCUAACAUCUUAUAAUCUACCAGGUCCAGUUAGUUUUCCAGGUCAAGUUGGAUUCGCAGGUGUUCCAUCUCAAUUUGCAGGCUCACAAUCACAUUCGCAAGCAAUGGCCCAACCAGCUGCUCCGACAUUAUCAGCACCCACUUCAUUUGUUUCAGGACUAUCUUCACCUAUAUCAUUUGGACAGACACCAACAACAUAUGACCCAAAUGCUCAAGCUCGUGCUUAUUCACAAUUUAGUGGUUUAUAUGCCGAUUCGUAUGGAAUUGCAGCUAGAAAUGUUCAAGCAGCACCUCCCACAGACCAAGUAACAGCUCCUGUAGCACCAGCAACAGUUCCUGCAGUUCCAACAACAACAACAAAUGGUCUACAAGCUCCACCGACCUUUUUUCCAGGAUUCUUUCCACCUACAUUUUUUCCACAACAAUACGCUGCACCUGUCAAUCCUUUUGUUACACGUACCCCCACACCGUUAGAGGUGACAUUGAUUCCUGGUCCAUUUUAUCCAUAUGGUCCUCCACAUGGUGGUCCAUUCGGUGGCCCAAUGCCUCCGACUCCUAAAAAACCCUCAAUUGAAGAUUAUUUCAAGCGCUAUCGAUAUUUUGGUGGUCAUCAUCCGUUUUCUCAUGGAUUUUCCCAAUCUCCAAUACAUUCAUCGUCAAUCGUUUCGGGUGGUCAGCCAUUCUCAAGUUCUAGAUCUUUUGUUGGUCAACAUGUUCCAACUGGCUUUUCGUACGGUGGUCAAUAUACUCCACCUAGCUCAUUAUUUGAUAGUCAAUCUGUUCCGAAUGAUUUUUUAUACGGUGGCCAAAAAUUUCAGAGUUUUUUGCCUGUUAAUAGUCAACAAUAUCCAACUGCUAUGCCUUAUGGCGGUCGCCCUUUUCCACCUUUCAGAAAAGUCAAUAUUCCAAUCCGUGGAUCGUUCGGUGGCAAACAAUCUACGAAUGGAGAGGCUCAUCCAGUUCUCGGUUUCGAUUUAUUUAUGUCUGAUGAUGGUCUUUAUGCAGAAGAAAUCGAUGGUGAUACUCUUACCAAAGGUAAAGAUAAAAACACCGGCAAAGGUAAUAAAAACAAUGCCAAAGCAAGUGACAACAAAAAUUCUGAAAAAUCAAAUUCCAAGAAUAAUGAAGGUGAUAACAACGAAAGUCCGAGUCGUAAGAAACGUCAAUAUGAUGCCUCUGCUACAACUGUUGGGCAAGUGCCUUCCGUCGGUGGAACAGAAAAACAACAAUAUCCAGCUAGCUUCAAUCCAUUUCGAGUUGGAUCACAUAAUGCAGUACAACAAUCACAUUUGAACUCAAAUCAAUAUUUGCGUCCAUCCAUAAGUCGAUUAUCACCAUGUGUUGGUAAAUCACUAGGAUCUAAUACUGCACACCCAAGAGAUGAUACAAAAUAUAUUGCUUGUUUAAAUCAAUUCUAUUAUGAAACAAUGAACUGCCCAUCGGGUCUUAUUUAUAAUGCAGCUACUGACCGAUGUGAAAAAAGAAAAAAUCCUGACGCAAUAUGUGAUCGUGAACAACCAUGUAUGAAUGGUGGACAAUGUUAUCAAACAGGUAAAACAGCAUACAAAUGUACUUGUAAUGGUGCUUGGACAGGUGAACGAUGUGAAACACAACUAUCAUCUUGUGCUACUAAUCCCUGCGGUCCAGGUAAUAUAUGUCAAACACUUAAGACAGGCGAUUACAAGCAAGAUUAUGUUUGUGUCUGUAAUGAAAAUCAAUCAUAUGGUCCAAGCUGUGGGCAAAAUACUGUACCAAAUCCAUGUUUAACGACAACAACUAUACCAGAACCAUAUCAUCCAUUUGAAUUCAGUGCUCAAGCUUUUAUUCAAUGUAAUGGUGAUUUCCUUUAUGUUCAACCGUGUGCACCUGGUUUAAUUUGGAAUAAAAACGAACAAGUUUGCGAUCGACUUGAAACAACAUCAUAUGAAGGUGUAUAUGCUAGUAAUGAACAAAAAUUGUUAUCCGAUAAUUUCGGACCUAUUUUUGCUGAUCGAAUUAGUGUUCAACCACAAGCUGACCAACAAAGGGCUAUUCUAAUUCAACACAACCAACAAGAACUCCCAACUCUUACAGACCGAUCAUCGUCUUCAAUACCAGUUGUACAAACGCAAACUGUUGAUACAUAUGUCAAAAGACCACUGUACGAUGACGUAUAUUAUGAGCCACCACACACGGAAGUGAUGAGUCAGCAACCACUGCAACCAGUCACUCGUUUUCGAACAAAAUUACCUAAAAAUAUCAAUAUGCAAUAA